AUGAUCAAUCAGAUGAACCAGAAGGCCCACCCCCCUCCUCGGCAAAGCAGCGCAUUCAAUGUUCUCACGCGCAACGCUCUAGUCACCUCAUCCCCCUUCAAAGCGUCUGGCUCGGAUCCAUCAAUCAACAAGUCUACCUCUAGCUCCUCCAAACACCUCAACCGCACAACCUCGUCAUUGCCCUCCACAUCAUUCACUCCAUCCUCUGAAGGCGACGAAGCUUCCUCUCAUGAUUCAGACGUGGCUCCUGGCACUCCGCCAUCGCAUGCCAGACCCGAUCUGCCUGUCCCUCCAACUUCCCCCCGCGCAGGUGGCAGCGCCAACGGAGUGCUCAAGACGCAGAGACUUGGUGGUCCCCAAAGCUUCACUCCCCCUCAUGCUUCCCGGUCUUCCGGCUACGCCUCUGAACCCAAAAAGGGUGGUCAGGAUUGCCGAGCCCCGUCUGCGCUAAGCUGCCCGAAUAGGCGUCGUGAGCUUCGCAAAACAGUUACCUGGGGUGGCGAAGACGUGCUCGAGCUUGAAUGGGAAGAAGAAUGGCGCCGGACCAGUAACGCUUCAUCCUUGGAUUCGCAAAUAUCCAACUCAAAACCCAAAGAUACAUCAGACAUCAGCACUGACUCUGAUCUCAGCGAAGCCCCUCAAGCGCUGAUCGACCACCCCAAUCCUAAACACCAGUCGCAUCCAUCUGAAUUUUGGAAUGAGUCGUCGGGCACUACGACAUACGCCCACCAAGCGCAAGCCAGACGAUGGCCACAACCCCAAGCCAGCCAAGAUCUCUCUCCUUGCCAGCAUCCAGGAGCUGCCCUUUGUCCCCUUCAACCCCCAUCCGGGCAUUUCCAAGGCAAGCAUGAUCCGAACCGGACUGCUGCCCAGGCCUCCAGAGACCGUAAGGAGCAUGUCGCCAAGCUCGAGAACAGGUUCAGGGAGCUCAAAGAACAGGUCUGGAUCCUGUCAAGACCCCCGCCAGCGAUUCCCUGUCUGCGGCCAUGCUGCCAGCAAGCAGCCGGCGAGUCAAGCACACCGAGAGAAUCGGUGGUCAAGAGAUCGGAGAGCCAGCUAUGUAUGUAUGCGCCUACCCUAGGUCAUAGCAGGCAAGCCUUGCCAGCAAGCAUGUGA